AUGGACCAUCCUAGUAGAGAGAAGGAUGAAAGACAACGGACAACUAAACCCAUGGCACAAAGGAGUGCACACUGUACCCGACCGUCUGGCUCCUCAACAUCCUCUGGGGUUCUUAUGGUGGGACCCAACUUCAGGGUUGGCAAGAAGAUAGGGUGUGGGAACUUCGGAGAGCUCAGAUUAGGUAAAAAUCUCUACACCAAUGAAUAUGUAGCUAUCAAACUGGAACCAAUAAAAUCACGUGCUCCACAGCUUCAUUUAGAAUACAGGUUUUAUAAACAGCUCGGCAGUGCAGGUGAAGGUCUUCCACAGGUGUAUUACUUUGGACCGUGUGGAAAAUACAACGCCAUGGUGCUGGAGCUCCUUGGCCCUAGCUUGGAGGACUUGUUUGACCUCUGUGACCGAACUUUUACUUUGAAGACUGUGUUAAUGAUAGCCAUCCAGUUGCUUUCUCGAAUGGAAUAUGUGCACUCAAAGAAUCUCAUUUACCGAGAUGUGAAGCCAGAGAAUUUCCUGAUUGGCCGACAAGGCAACAAGAAAGAGCAUGUUAUACACAUUAUAGACUUUGGACUGGCCAAGGAAUACAUUGACCCUGAAACCAAAAAACACAUACCUUAUAGGGAGCACAAAAGUUUAACUGGAACUGCAAGAUACAUGUCUAUCAACACGCAUCUUGGCAAAGAGCAAAGCCGGCGGGAUGAUUUGGAAGCCCUGGGCCAUAUGUUCAUGUAUUUCCUUCGAGGCAGCCUACCCUGGCAAGGACUCAAGGCUGAUACGUUAAAAGAGAGAUAUCAGAAAAUUGGUGACACCAAAAGGAAUACUCCCAUUGAAGCUCUCUGUGAAAACUUUCCAGAAGAGAUGGCAACGUACCUGCGCUAUGUCAGGCGAUUAGACUUCUUUGAAAAACCUGACUAUGAGUAUUUACGGACCCUCUUCACAGACCUCUUUGAAAGGAAAGGCUACACCUUUGACUAUGCCUACGAUUGGGUCGGGAGACCUAUUCCUACUCCAGUAGGGUCAGUUCAUGUAGAUUCUGGUGCAUCUGCAAUAACUCGAGAAAGCCACACACACAGGGAUCGGCCGUCACAGCAACAGCCUCUGCGAAAUCAGACUGCAUCGUCAGAGCGCCGAGGAGAGUGGGAAAUCCAGCCCAGCCGGCAGACCAAUACCUCGUACCUGACGUCUCACUUGGCUGCAGACCGCCAUGGGGGAUCAGUGCAGGUGGUUAGCUCAACCAAUGGAGAGCUGAAUGUUGAUGACCCCACAGGAGCCCACUCCAAUGCACCAAUCACAGCUCACGCCGAGGUGGAGGUAGUCGAGGAAGCUAAAUAUGUGUUGUUGUUUCAUAAACCCCGGCACUGGUCGCAAAGCUCAGCUGUGAAAAUGAAAUUUGUAGUAUUUUUUAACAUGAAUGUUUAUUUCAAGUGUAUUUGA